UUCAGUAUUCCUUCUUCCGAGCACAACUUGCUGUGCUCUUCAUCUCUCUCUUACCUCUGCACUCUUUUUCUCCACCCUUCUUCUCUCUUCACAUUCUCAACACCAAAACAAAAAAAUGUCACUCGAUGUUCAUCCCCUUUUGUUCUUCCCUGGUCUUGUUGAGUCCCAAGUUCUCUCUGUUCAAGCUGUUCUAUGUGUUAUCCUCUUCACCUUCCUUUUCAUACUUUUCCUUACUCCCGGAGGUCUUGCCUGGGCCUUGUCCAAGUCAUCGGUGCAACCCAUUAUCCCUGGUCCAGUAACGGCCCAGCUCCGAGUCUUCACCGGUUUAACUCCUCACCGGACAUUGGCCAAACUGGCUCGCUCGCACAGUGCGGAGAAGCUCAUGGCUUUCUCCGUCGGCUUAACCCGGUUCGUCAUUUCAAGCGAACCGGAAACUGCUAAGGAGAUUCUGGGGAGUACUGGUUUUGCUGAUAGACCGGUGAAGGAAUCGGCUUAUGAGCUUCUGUUCUACCGUGCGAUGGGAUUCGCACCAUACGGAGAGUACUGGAGGAACCUCAGGAGAAUAUCCGCUCUCCACCUCUUUUCUCCGAAGAGAAUAGCCGGAUUCGAAGGGUUCCGGUGCGAGGUGGGGUUGAAAAUGGUGGAAGAGGUGAAGAAGGUUAUGAGUGAGGACAGACCCGUGGAGGUUAAAAAGGUGCUUCAUUUGGGGUCGUUGAACAAUGUAAUGAUGACCGUUUUUGGGAUGUGUUAUGGGUUUUACGAGGGUGAGGGGGCUGAGCUUGAGGCAUUGGUGAGUGAAGGGUAUGAGCUUUUGGGUGUGUUUAACUGGAGCGACCAUUUUCCCUUGCUGGGGUGGUUGGAUUUGCAGGGUGUGAGGAAGAGAUGCAGGGAUUUGGUUGAAAAGGUUAAUGCUUUUGUUGGGAAGAUCAUUGAGGAACACAGAAUGAAGAGGGAGAAGGGUGAGUAUGUGAAAGAUGAAGGGAUGUCUGAUUUCGUUGAUGUGUUGCUUGAUUUGGAGAACGAAAACAAACUCAGCCAGGCUGAUAUGAUUGCAGUGCUUUGGGAAAUGAUUUUCAGGGGAACAGACACAGUGGCGAUUCUACUGGAGUGGAUUCUGGCGAGGAUGGUUCUCCACCCUGAGAUACAAGAAAAGGCUCAAAGGGAAAUAGACAGUGUGUGCGGAUCCUCAAGGUUGGUUUCCGAUGCAGACAUUCCGAACCUGCGGUACCUUCAGUGCAUUGUGAAGGAGGCUCUGAGGGUGCACCCACCGGGCCCUUUACUCUCCUGGGCUCGUCUGGCAGUGCAUGAUGUGACUGUGGGCGACAAGCACAUUCCGAAAGGCACGACGACGAUGGUGAACAUGUGGGCAAUCACGCACGACGAGAGGGUGUGGGCUGAACCGGAGAAGUUCAAACCGGAGCGGUUCAUUGAGGAGGAUGUGAGCAUAAUGGGGAAUGAUUUGAGGUUGGCUCCGUUCGGGUCUGGGAGAAGGGUGUGUCCUGGGAAGGCCUUGGGCUUGGCCUCUGUUCAUCUUUGGCUUGCUCAGCUCCUUCAGAAUUUCAAAUGGGUUUCUUCUGAUGAUGGUGCUGUGGAUUUGGAAGAGCAACUCAAGCUCUCCAUGGAGAUGAAGAAACCACUGUCUUGCAAGGUUGUGCCUAGGGUUGCUGUUUCCGUGUUUUGAGUUUUUAUUUAGUAUUAAUUAAGUAGGGUUUAGUUAAUCUCUUUUAUCUGUUGUUGUGUUUUCCUAGGUUGUUUUAGGGUUUAAUGGUAGGUUUUGGAGGUUGUUAAUUGGUGGAGAGCUAGUAGGUGAGAGAAUGUGAGAAGUUGGUGGUUUUAUGAGUUAAUGGAUGUCAGUGAAGAAUGUUGUUUUCUAUGUGUGUGGUUUUCUUUAUGGACUUGGUCUAAAUUAUUUUAAUGGUAGUAAAUUAGUGAUUUUAGUUAAA